UCUCUCUCUCUCUCUCAUCUUUUUCCUCUUCUAGAUCAAAAGAAGCGACGAACGUUGGUUUGUUGAGAAGAUCUAAGAACAUAAAACAUGGCGGGAGAAGACAGCCGCGAAGCUCAACGAUGCGAGGAAUCGAGUCCUCUCUUGCAAGUGAACGAAAGCAAGAUCUGCUCCAAAGGAGACGACAACACCAAGACGACGAAAGCGGCGGAGGAACACGGAUGGACGGCGGAUGGAUUGCCGGUGAGCCACGGGAGCGUGAUCGGCGAGCCGAUCGGGAGAAACCAGUGGAGUUCCGGUCUUUUUUCCUGUCUCGGCCGAAACGAUGAGUUCUGCAGCAGCGAUCUCGAAGUUUGUCUCCUUGGAAGUGUGGCUCCAUGUGUGUUGUAUGGAAGCAAUGCAGAGAGGCUUGGGUCUGCUCCUGGAACCUUUUCCAAUCACUGCUUGACGUAUUUAGGUUUGUACUUUGUCGGCAACUCUUUGUUUGGUUGGAACUGUCUUGCUCCUUGGUUCUCUUAUUCCAGCCGCUCUGCCAUUCGCCGAAGGUUUAACCUUGAGGGAAGCUUUGAGGCGAUGAACAGGUCAUGUGGUUGCUGCGGUAGCUGCAUAGAAGACGAGAUGCAAAGGGAGCAUAUGGAGACGACUUGUGACUUUGUGACACAUGUUCUUUGCCAUACAUGUGCACUUUGCCAAGAAGGCCGUGAGAUCCGCAGGAAGGUUCUUCACCCUGGUUUCAAUGCUCAGUCCACUGUGGUCGUGCUUCCACCAAGUGAACAAACCAUGGGACGCAAGUGAAAAGCUUGCGUUGAGUCACGUGUCCUAAAUAACACUUGUAUACGCACAGUGAAGUGUGAACUAAUGUUUGUCUCUUGCUUGCUUUUGUCGCAUGUUCUUUUCUUUUAUGUUCUUUUUCUUCAACGCAUGCAACACAUAUGUAUAUCUUUAUUGUUACGCACUUUGUUUUGAUAUGGUAAUGUAAUAUUCAAUAAAGUUUUAAAACUAA